GUCCAUUUGGGCAAUAGGUGGCGUUAAUGCACUUUUUGUUUCCGAUCCACAGUAAAACAAGAAGAAGAAGAAGAAGCAGCAGCAGCACCGGCAGAAGAAGAGAUUUCAUGUUGCUAGGAAACCAUUGUUUAGUAGUGUUAGCGUGUGAAGCGAAAAAAACACUUUAUUUUCAUUUGAGGUGAUGAUAAACGCUUUCACAAAUAAUGCCGCCAAAAAGAAAAUCUUUCAACAAGUCCCCAAAGGGCAAAACUCCAACAGUAGUGGAUGGCUUGUCCACAGAUGAGAUGUCUAAAGAGCAGUUGGAAGAGCACAUUGUGCGUCUGCGAGAGGAGCUGGACAGAGAACGAGAGGAACGCAACUAUUUCCAACUAGAGAGGGAUAAAAUCCACACGUUUUGGGAAAUCACCAAAAGACAACUGGAAGAGAAAAAGUGUGAACUGAGAAACAGAGAGCGUGAACUAGAGGAGGGUGAGGAGCGCCACCAAGUGGAAAUUAAGGUUUAUAAGCAGAAGGUGAAGCACUUACUGUAUGAAGAGCAGAACAUGCUCUCUGAGCUGAAAGCUGAAAGUGUUGUCAGCAGCAAACUGCUGCAAAAGGAGCACGCUGCCUUUGAGAAUCAGCUACGGAAGGACAUGUGCUGCUUGAAAGUGGACGUGAAAGAGCAGGAGCUGUCCAAUGAGAAUGUGAUAAAGAACCUUCAUCUGAAACACGAUGAGGAAAUUACUGUUCUGAGAAAUGAUUUUGCCAGACAAGUACGAGAAAUUGAGUCCAAAUAUAAGAAAAAGAUGCAGAAACUACGGCAGGAGGAAGAACUGAGAUGCAAAACAGAGAUUCAUGAGAUCGAGGAACGAAAGAACAGUCACAUCAACAUGCUGAUGAUGAAUCAUGAGAAAGCUUUCAGAGACAUCAGGAACUACUUCAAUGACAUUGUCUACAAGAAUUUGGACCUUAUCACUUCACUCAAGGCCCAUAAUGACCUGCUGAAGACUUCUUUAGCAAAGCUGCGAGCAUUUGGGAUCCCUGUGGAAGAACUCGACUUUAAGCCACUCGAAAGUGGUUCUGGGCAGAGUCUUGAUCAGGGCCCUGCUUCCCUCGUUUCAGCUCCAAAUUAG